AUGUCAAAAGAGAACCGCGCUUUCGAUACCCAGAGAUUGGGCGCAGGCUACGGUUUCGAGUCGCACCCGAAGCAUGCUAUUGAAAUGCCCCCAACAUGGGUGCUUCUCGUAGGCUUGGGCUUUCUGCUAUGCGCAAUGGGCUUUUGGCUUUAUAUAGCAUUGAACCUCCUCGCGCCCACUCCACGACUGCCACGGCGUUCCGAGAAACAAUACACGACGAUACUACCCGACGGUGCACGAAGCGACCCAAAAGAACUUCCGUGCUGGCUGGACAAAUGGGCAGCAGAGAAGGAAGCCGCCAAGAAACAAGCUGCGAAGGAGCCGGGAAGCAAAGUCGUCAUACCGCCACAAAUGCCCAUCGAAGAACCGGAGCUCUUCAUGAGCGUCGUGGUCCCCGCAUACAACGAGGAGGAGCGGCUGGAAGGCAUGUUGGAGGAGGCUGUCGACUACCUGGAGAGCCAAUACGGUGAUGCGCAUGCUGGCGGCAAGGGUGAAAAGAGCCAGAGAGGAUGGGAGAUACUCGUUGUUAGCGAUGGAAGCACUGACGGCACCGUCGACAAAGCGCUGGAGUUUGCAAAGGAGCACCAACUCGCCCAACACCCCAAGUCGAAGCCAGGGCCGUGGUCGAAGAACGGCGACGCCAAGGCCGCGCACUCAACACACAUCCCACACGGCAGUAUUCGCGUCGUCACGCUCGAAGAGAACAGAGGCAAAGGCGGCGCAGUCACGCACGGCAUGCGACAUGUUCGAGGCCAGUACAUUGUCUUCGCCGACGCGGAUGGCGCGAGUCGGUUCUCGGACCUAGCGGCUCUCGUUGAAGGCUGCCAGAGCAUCGAGGACAAGCAUGGGCGCGGUGUUGCCAUCGGCUCUCGAGCUCAUCUCGUCGGCAGCGAAGCCGUUGUUCAGCGCUCCAAACUCCGCAACUUCUUGAUGCACUCGUUCCACAUCCUCCUUCGCAUCAUGACGCCUCCGGCCACCGCACGCAUCAAGGACACGCAGUGCGGCUUCAAGUUGUUUUCACGACCAGCACUUCCCUAUAUUGUCCCCUACAUGCACUCGGAAGGCUGGAUCUUCGACGUCGAGAUGCUGAUGCUGGCCGAGAGCGCUGACAUUGCCAUGAUUGAGGUGGCCAUCGGGUGGAAGGAGGUCAUGGGUAGUAAGCUAAAUGUUGUAUGGGAUAGUAUUGGCAUGGCAUGGGGUCUUGCGCUGUUGAGAGCUUGUUGGAUAGCGGGUAUUUAUCAGAGGGAUUAG